CUGAAAACAUGGAACAGAUAGCAGACAACAGUAUUGACGUGGUGGUGGUGACGCUGAUGCUCUGCAGUGUGCCCGACAUUGACACGAUUCUGAGGGAGAUUCUCCGUGUCCUGGCGUCCGGCGGCAAAUACUACUUUAUAGAACACAUUGCGGAGUUCGACUUACAGAAGCACGGCCUGAGGAGGAAGCUGCAGGACGUGGGCCACUGGCUAGGGUUCUGGUCAUUCCUGUUUGACGGCUGCCACAUGAAUCGCGAUAUCUUGACCAACAUUGAGCGGGCUGGUUUCUCCUCCGUAGACGCCCAGAAGUUCUACAAUAAAACUUGGUUCAUCUUUAGUUUAACGAGUCCAAGUCUUAAAGGAAUUGCCACGAAAUAGGAGUAUCAUCCAGCACGGUUCCCCAUUUCUUUAUCCUUUUUUUGUAUGAUAGUGAAGAAAGUUAACUCUAUUAAUUACUUUGAUUUAGAUAAUUAAAUUUCAUUGAUUCACAGUCUAACAUAGAAGCAAAACUUAACUACUAUUGUAUAGGUGUUAAACUAUAGGAUUAUGACUUGUGUGAAGAUAAAAACAACCUUUACGUGCGAGUGAUAGUAUAUUUUUAUUUAUUUACUUCAAAUAUAUAGAAAAAUCGUACACCAUCCGUCUGGAGCUUGGAACUAAUCGCUCCAUGUUCCAGGAACAGGUUUGAUGGUAAGUUUUUGAAGUGUGUAACUUUGCACUUGAAAUAUGUUUUACUAUGUAUCCUAGAAUGCAUGUUUUAUUAUGUAUCCAAGAAUGUAUGUUAUACCGCCUUUGGAAUCACAGGACUGUAAAUUAAACUGUAAAGAUCGCACAUAUACACAACGUCAUAAUAUGAUAUUCGUCAUCAUGUUACAAAAAUGUUUAAAAAUGAAAAUUCAACCGUAAUUGUUUAUAUAAUAACGGUUUCCUAGUGUACCAAACUAUUUAGUUAUUACAGUACAGAAAUCCAUAAUAAUAAUAAUAAUAAUACGUGCACUAGGUAAAAAAAAUCUUUAUAAUUCUUGUGCAAAACAAAAUGACGCCACGAGUGAAGGCUUUUGAUAAAGGCUCAUAAGGUAUACUGUUAUUCACCAAUUAUAAUGCAACGAAGAAAUUUGAUAUUUGGAAUGAAACGAUUAAAUUGGGCCUACCAUAACUGGUAGGAAAUGUCUCCCAAUCACGCCAACCAACCCUAGCGACACAACAGGAUUGUUCAGUUCCAAAUUCAUCGCACUACUCCUGAAAGAUACUUUUUUUUUACGUACACGUGCGAAGAAAAGUACGUGGAUCCUCACAAAGUCAAAGUAUAACAAGGUGGACGAAAUAUUACGAAAAGAAGUUUUUCACAUAAGUUUGUAUAUUCACAAAAUUUGUGUCUUGCAGAGUGAAGUAUUUAAGAAACCACUUUUAUUACAUUUGCUACAUUAAUAAUUGAUAUAAGCACCCGCUGUUAAGUCUCCUGGGCAUGGAGUCCACUAACUCAGUAGUGAAGACUGUCGGGCGGGACUUUUCCCAUGCCUGUAGAGUCUGAGGAUUCAACAGUUCACAAUCACACUCGUGUUUUGGGGUCGAGGGUUAGACCAACGAGAACAAAUAUUCUAAUGUCCUUCAGAAAGGUCUUGGCUGACGAGAAUCAAGAUGUUGCCUUUACAGUAGAAGGCGAUAGACUGUCCCUCAGGCAGUCACUCGGCUGCUUCCAGCUCCAUCUCGCUUAGUAAACUAUUUAUUCUAAGUUGUAAACAGUUUCUUCACUUAACAUGUGGCCGGCGUGCACAAUUGCGAGUGGCGAUAACAUGCACUAUUAAAAUAGGACAAAUAUAAUACUAAAUUACCGUCGUGAACUCCAAUACAAAUUUAUAUUAAAUGAAUUUAAAGCGUUCACAGGACAAUUAUUUUGUCUGAGUAUCCACAAAUGUUUGAUUCGAAAUUUACUAAAUUCGAUCCUAUACCAUAUAUGGAUUUCCCAUUGGGCGUACUAUACCACCCAAUGGAGUAUUAUAGAAAAAUUUCAAUUCUUUUUCCACAUCCUUGAUAUUACUGUUAUUGGUGGUGGUGGCUUUCAUAAAAGUAAAAUGGUGUACUCCCAAAUUAAUGCGAUCAUUAGACAUUCGUCUUGAUAUUGUGGGUCUGUUAGAGAGGAUAUCCUUACAUGGGAGAGGACAUUUCUUUUUUCUAUGGGGUCUACGUACAUUGGUGGGUUGUAUUAAAUUUUCACCAUUCUUUAAUUAAUGGAUCAAUUAACUUUAUCUAUUAUUUUAUGAAUAUCUUCAUAAUUUCCACCUCCCGAAAAAAAGACGACACUUUACUUCCAAUAGAUGAACGUUUAAUUCUUUAAGACAACUAUCCACAAUAAUAUAUCUUUUCAUCUUGUUUACAGAUCCCAUUUGUGGACUUCUAAGUUUAAGAGCAGGCUGAAAAUUAGUUGGUUCUCUAUGGACCUAUUAGUGAAUUGAGAUAAUAUAAGUGUACAUAUAUACUUUAUUUUUCAGCUGGUAUUUUCAGUCACCAUAGAAUUUAGGUGUUGGGGUUCAUCGGGUAAAACACUAUACGAAUUAUUGUCGGAGGUAACGUCUGCCAGAACGGCCUCUAUCAUGCUCAUUACUUCUUCUCGUUUAUUAUUUAAUUCCAUAGUACUAAAAUAAAUUGAGGGACGUGGAAUUACUUCAACAUUGUCAUACUACACCGACGUAUUUCUCGUUUGAGAUGAUGUAAGUUUGAUUGCGGCUGCUGUCGAUGAUGACGAAUACGUUGUUUGUGGUGACGGUGGGCGGUAUAAAAGUUGAGAAAAGGAUUGUUGUUGUCUUUUAGGAAUUGAAAUUGGGGAGGAAUUAUCAUCCAGAAAACGUUUGUUUGUGUUUCAGCGGUUGUUGAUAUUGAUGAGGAUAACGAGCCUCUAUUUCACCGACCGAGUUAGUAUUUGAUUGUUCGGUUAUUUGUUUAUUCUUAGUUUGUCUGUUCAUCAUAAUGAUACCGUAGUCUGUAUAUAUUUUUGUUGAAAAACACAACCGGAAUAUAAUAAUUAAGACCCCUUAUAAUUGUAUUUAUAGUAAAACAAAAUAUAAAAAAAAUCCCUGUGCCUUGGAAAAAAAAAGGAUACAAUAACAAACACACUACCUAUAUUUUAUUGCUUACACUGUAUGGGUUUUUACUCUUGGUUAAAAACUAACACGACGAAACGGUGACAACGUGUCCCAGGUGUUUAUCUACCUUAUCGGUAAAUUUUUAUAUUAAUGGAAACUUCUACGGCAUCGACCCAGUUAACAAUCAACAAAUCUGACUUUACUGAGGCUGCCUUCAAUUCACAAAACAGCCACCCCUCUUCUAGAGGACCCUGUGAUAUUUACACUGAACCUCAUGCGAGAGAAGAUACCAUAUAUACAGUAGAAUAAGAGUCAUCACAGGUUCUUUCGAAAAUGGAACGUCUCAUAACGAAAAAUCAUUAUAACAAUAUUCUUUAUAAUCAGGAAAGGGAUAUUUCUUUUCUUUAUCUUUAUAAUAGGAUUAAUAAUAUUAACUAUACUAAUAAUAUUUAUAAACGUUUACCCAUAUUUCCAUUUUAUUUCUUAGGCAAUAAUGUCUAAAAACGACAGUUGUUUUUUUAAUUUAUUUUAGAUAUGAGAGUUAAACACACAUAUAAUUAUGUCCAAUGCAAUUUACACCAUUAAUUAUUUUGUGAAAACAUAAUUUCAGUAGAAAAAUUAUUGAAGAUAAAACAAAACAUGGUUGAUCAUCGAUGUUAUAUAUUUAACUUAAGUUGAUUUUCUGACCACAGGAAAAAAUAACUGGGUCUUUUUUUUUCUAAAUAAAUGGGACGAUCAAAUACGAUAUGUUUGGAAUAUCUAGCGAUUGUUUCCCCCGCUUUCAAUUAUAAAUAACAAUCUUCACGUUCUUCAUUGGAAUAUAUUAUAUAUUGGUAGGGCCUAUGAAUAGAAAAUAAUACGUUUAUUGGAAAGAUGGAUGAUGCAGAACUGUGGUAUUGUCACAUUUUAGACAAUUUCCCCAUAAACGCUUCAUGGGAAGCCUCAUUAAAAAAAUAUACCAUUAUUUUUUAUAUUAUACGAAAAAAAAUAUAAAAUGUCAUAAUUAUUGUUUUAUUAUUAUUGUCGGUGAUAUCUUCAAAAAGAUCAUACCAUAUUUUACAAAAAAGGUUUAUGUGGGAGCGCUGAAAAUAAAUUUGUAUUCCAUUUAGCUGCAUCAGAGUGUUUUCUUUCUUCGGUUUUUUAUAUUUUCUUAUGUGUAUAAUGUUGUAACAAUAUAUUAUUUUGUA